UUUCAGCUCCAACAAGUCCUAACAUUGACUACAAAAUUGAAAGCCGAUAUUUUCUCGGGUCAUCAGUAAGGACAAUCUGCUGUCUCACUUCUGGCCUGGAGUGCCACAUACUUGUUUGCUGCCUUUUCCUAAAGGGGCAAUUGUGGCUGGGGUGGAGUAUGCUCGGAAUGGUCGGCUCAAUCACUCACAGUGACGUAGUGGCUCCAGGUACAGGCAUUCUCUUCUCCCCCCAGCUCCUCCAUUACUCUAUCCACAACUCUACUAUACAUCAGCCACCUUCAAAACUCACCCUCCAAAGCUGUGCCGAACAGUCAUAACAUUUUCUUUCCGACCACGAGCUCCCCACACCACUGAAAGCAAUUGACCCUCCACACGCAUACAACAAUGGACGUCUACUACUUCUACAGUUAUGGCACUGCGGCAUGGCUCGCAACGCAAGCAGCGCCGCUGAUCGCGUCGCCUACCAUGAUUGUCGCGCUGCUAUCGCCUGAGGUGCGGGAGGCCUCCACUCUUGAAGUGUACUUCUCCCGCUCCGUUGGCUUUUCGCUCCUCACUAUUGGCGCGCUCAACAUCCUUCUCACGGGAUCCGUACCAUUGAGUAGCAGAUUGUCGGAGGGAGCGACUACCGACGCCGCAGACCCCAAAGCCCCAUAUGCUCUCCCUACACUCACAAUAACCGCCUUGUUCCAUGCCGCCGCCGGUUUCUAUUCAUACGCGAUGUGGACUGAGACGGGUGUCACUUCAUUUGCUUUUGGUGUAAUGGGUAGCGGGUUCCUCUGCGCUGUGGCACUCUGGUGCAUCUUAUUUGCAAGCACAAACGGCAGGAUUAGUCGAAAGACGGGUGCCGACAAGCGGACCAGCGGAUUCCCGUUCAAGAACGCUGAGGCGGACAAAAAGAAGGGCAGAUAA